UGCAAACCAUCAUCAUGGCGACGAGCAUCUUCGGUGAAUUAGAGGUCCCCGCACCGAUCGAAGUAUUUGCACUUACAGCGGCAUGUAAUGAGGAUACACACCCCCAUAAAGUAAACCUUGGUGUGGGAGCUUAUCGCACAGAAGAAGGCAAACCAUGGGUUCUUCCAGUAGUUCACAGUGCAGAGAAUGCAAUGGCCAAUGACCCAACCCUGAACCAUGAAUACCUGCCAGUGAAGGGGUCACCAGAGUACUGUAAGAGCGUGGUUCAGUUGCUCCUGGGAUCAGAUAGUAAAGCGAUAUCAGAUGGCAGAGCUGGAGCUAUCCAGGCUUUAGGAGGCACUGGGGCACUAAGGCUUGGGGCAGACUUUUUACACACUCUACUAAAAUAUAAUGUCUUCUAUACAUCUAGUCCCACUUGGGGGAAUCACCUUGGAGUCUUCAAACAUGCAGGGUUUACAGAUUCCAGGCAGUACAAGUAUUGGGAUAAUGAGAAGAGAUGUUUAGACUUUGAAGGCCUCAAAGCAGACCUUAUGGCAGCGCCAGAGAAUGCUGUUAUUGUUCUCCACGGAGUUGCUCACAACCCCACAGGAAUGGAUCCCACACAGGACCAGUGGAAAGAAAUAGCAGCCAUUAUAAAGGAGCGCAAACUCUUUCCCUUCAUAGAUCUUGCCUAUCAGGGGUUUGCCACGGGAUCAUUAGAAGCUGAUUCAUGGGUGCCACGUUACUUUGAAAAAGAGGGCUUUGAGUUCUUCUGUGCUCAGUCUUUCUCCAAAAACUUUGGAUUGUACAAUGAACGUGUGGGUGCCCUGACAAUUGUAUCUGCUAAUGCUGCUGCUCUACAAAAGAUUUUAGCCAACCUGGAGAUUUUGGUGAGACGGACCUGGUCCAACCCUCCCAGUCAUGGGGCACGAGUGGUAGCUACCAUCUUGAACAACCCAAGUCUUUUUAAUGAAUGGAACCAGCACAUUCAGACAAUGGCUAAUCGGGUUCUACUGAUGAGAGAUCUAUUGUUCAAGAAGCUGAAAGCUCUUGGCACCCCAGGGAAAUGGGAUCAUAUCACCAAGCAAACUGGAAUGUUCAGUUAUACAGGGCUGUCUCCUAACCAGGUAAAUUACCUCGUCAAGGAGUACCACAUUUAUCUGCUGAAGUCUGGGCGUAUCAACAUGUGUGGGAUUACCACAAAGAAUGUGGACUAUGUUGCCACAGCCAUCCAUGAGGCAGUCACCAAGAUUGGAGAUGAUCCAAAAUUGUGAUUUUUAUUUCACAGUGCCUUGAGUAAAUAACUUAGCAUCAAGUUAAUAUUGGAUAAAAAUCUAACUGGACUGUUAAAGUUACUCAAUGUAUUUAAAGACAGAUAUAAAAAUCACUGAGUGGGGUCAUUUGAUUGAAAUGUUAAAUAUAUUCUACGUUUUAGUCAUUUGAUCAUUUGAGGGUUUUUUUUUUUUUUUUUUUUUUUUUUUUUUUUUUUUUUUUUUUUUAGGAAAUUAUUUCACCAAAUGUAAAGGUAACAUAGAUAUACAUUUAAAAGAAACUGGUCAAUCAUGAAGUAAAUAUAGUGAAUGAACAAUGGGUUGUGGUGGUCCUUAACUUUGAACUUUUUCAUUGCAAAUAUUUAGCAAUUGUUAUUUAACCUCAUUCUAUGCAGAACUUGCUUUAUGCCACUCACCUCAGGCAAGAUGAUUUAAGUCUGAUAAAUGUCAACGUUUAUUUCAUGUUGUUUUCUUAAAUGCACCUAUUUUCUUUUGAGAUUGUCUACAUAAGUGUCCAAAAGAACAUUGACCCUUUUAAGUAAUGUAAUUACAAUGUCUGCUCAAAAAUUGCUUUUUUAUGGGAAGUGAGAAUGCAAGGAAUGUAUUUAAUCAUUCAGAUAGCUGAGCACAAGCUAAGGAAAAAGUGGCUCUCAAAAAUGUAGACUAAUUAUAAGAGAUGAUUGGGUUCAGUACCCACAAGAAUAAAGAAGAUAAGCACUAAGAAAUAAUUGAGCAAAUCCGAAUAAUUUAUUAGAAAAUAUGUGCCAAAACCCUUUGUAGUUUUAAUUUGGCCUCACAGUGGUGUCUAAGUCUUCUGUACAACAGAAUGAAAUUUAAAAUUCACAGAUCAACUUGUCCAUUACCCCAAUUUACAGCUUAUUGAUUGACAAUUCAAUAAAUGUAUGGCUGGAACAAUUAUUUGUAAAACGUUUUAAUGUUUAAGCAACAUCUUUAUUUUUAAAGGAGACAGUGGGGCCAGUAUUGUUAGAACAAGGCUGAAGUUAACUAUUCAAAACUUUCACUAUAAUUUGUAGAUUGGAUCUGUAAUGUCAGCUGAAUGUCACAAAUAAUAUUGACAAAAAAGUAACUGUGAAGAAAUAGUGUCCAUCUCUGGUUUGCCAUUAUUAAAUUGUUACAACUGUCCAAGUUGUUUUAAAUUUUAUUUCUUAACAUUUAUUUCAGUGGUCUAUGUGACCAGUGUGAGAUCCUGUAUGAAUUGUUUUCCAUAUUCAGUAUAUUUGCACUUUAUGAAAUGCCAAGAAGCACAAAUGAAAACUAUUGCAACCAAUUUAAAUUAUUUAUUUACAAUUUAUUCAUUAAAGAGUUGUUAUGGCCAAUCCGAUUGAUGUUACAAUGAAUUGUUCCUUAAACUAGAUGGCGACAUUAAUAUGCUGAUUUAUCAAAUUUGACCUUUUACGGGUCACAUGGUUAUGCAGAUAUUCUGUAGUAGUAUUUGUAUUGUGCUGGUAAACGUUGGAAUUAAUACGUGUAUAAAUAGUAGAAUCUGUGAUAUUGUUGAUUUUAACACAAUUUGAUCAGAUAGUAUUUGGUUUCCUUUUACUCCCAAACUAAGCCCUGGUAAGACAGGUGUAGCCAGUUAUUUCUAGCGGUCUCACUGUUCUUGUAUUACUGCUAACACUUUCUGCGUAUUUGUUUCUUGCACUGGUUGUUAUUAAACGUGGACCAUCAAGGAUUGUUUCCGUUGCAUGUACUUUUAAACUUUCGGUACUUAUCAUUGUUUGUGUUUUCAUUGUAUGUGAUUGUUUGAUUUACAGGAAUGAAACUUGUUUGGGUCUUUA